AGCCAAUCCGGCUCACGUUCUUUUGGCUCGAACGGCUGUUAGUUUGGACACACCUGCGUUUCUGUUCUGUGGUACUUUGGUCGAUAGCGAGCUCCAUGUCGGUACAACGCGAUGGUUCUGCCGCAGUUUCUAGUCGAGAUGCUCCAGCACGCGGUGAUUCUUUGCACCAUGAUUGGACAUCAAGGCAUCCUUGGGCUGCUGCUGACCGUCGCCCGGCCGCUUGAGGCAGCUCUGCUCGAGGUGGUCGGCAGCCCUGGGUAUCUGCUAUCCCACUACCUCGCCGUGCUUCCUCUUGUGCUGUGGUUGUGGGUGGCAGUCACCAUGUUCGUGGUUGUGGUCAUCAAGCGUUUGCUUUUCCCGUUCGGCAUGAAAGCCGCUGGCACCGAACACAGGAAGAAAGGCAGAUGGGAGUACGAGGUGAACUCCUUCGGCUAUCUCAGGUGGUGGAUUGCAGACCAUGUCUUCAGAUGCACCAAGCCUCUACUGUACCACGCUGUAGCCCGUCGCAGCCGUAUGAUCAGUUGGUGGUGUUGGGCCAUGGGCAUGCACAUCAAUCCCAACGUUGCAGUGCUUGCAACUGACAUUGAUGAUAUUGGAGAGUGGGAUUUCUGGGAACUCGAAGGUCAGGCACCGUCUUCAAUCUCCGCGCAUAUGGUUUUGAUUUUGACGAGGAUGGCAAACGGAUCCUGUACAUCGAACCGCAGACGCAGAAUCGUUCUGAUGCUGACAGCGAGAUGAGCAGCCCCGUGCCGAUCGUUCUGACUUGGAUUGCGUUUGUUCCAUCGACUGCUGCAUUAUGGAUGGCGUCAGUCUUCAACGAACUGCUGAUUUCUGGGGCAAGGAAUUACCACUCAUUCACCUCGUACUUUGCAAUGCUCGUGUGCUUCUGCACCUUUGCCUUGUUCAACACGAUCAUGCUCAAGAUGGCUUUAGAAAUUCCAUGUGGUCCCUGUGAGCUUGGAAAUAUGCUCGUUGAAUGUAUGGAUCUUCUGCCUGCAACGCAAUCGUUCAGCGUCCUGAACACAUGGUGGCUCCGUGCUGCUGGAGUUGGCGUGCAAAGCAACAAUAUUUUCAGCUGUGCCCCAACGCCUCGAAACGCUUCCACAGUGGUCAUCGGUGACAACGUCUUCUUGUCCAACACAAUAAUCACGGGCCCUGCCACACUGCGCGACGACUGCCUUCUCGACCUCAAGGCUCGGGUGCGCGAGCACUGCGUUCUGAACCAGAUGGCAGUAGUGGGUGGACACACGAUCCUGAGGAGGGGCACCACAGUGGAUGCCGGAGCUGUUAUCGUACGGCAGUGGGAUGUGCGCAGCGACGCACAGGCGCCGCCGUCGCCGACGCCUUGGCAGGCAGUGCGGAGGCAGAAUCUUUCGAGCAGCGUUCCCGGGGACCUUCUGGAGGCAGAGAUGCGUAAGCUUGGCGGUGGCACCGGCACAGCUCGGUCAGGCGAGCGCCACGUCUACUUCCCAACCUGGCAGUCGCACGUUGCCUAUGUGCUUCCUCGCCUGCUGCAGCUGCACCUUCUGCUGGCGGUCAUGGCUGGCUGCAUGUGCCUCGCCAACAGGGCCUGCGGGGCAUCAUUCUUCAGCUCGACCAUCUCGGCAUCGUCGAGCACAGGCAACCGGUCGGACGAAAGACUGCGCGCACUGGGAUUUCUGGGAUUCUUCGUGGGCUUCACCUUCCUGUGCCUGCCGCUGACCAUGGUGCUCGCCAAGUGGUCGGUCCUGGGUCGUUGGCAGCGGUGCGACGUCUCCGAGCACUUUCCGACGACGUCGGCCCCUUGCUGGCGCUACUUCUGCUUCGUGGCAGCCCCGAUCUGGAUUGUGGUCCGCAGCUCCUGGCAGCCUCGAUUGUAUGGGACUCUGUUGCAGAACCAAAGGUACCGCUGUAUGGGUUCUGAGAUCGGCAGGCGUGUUCUGAUAUUUAGCAAUGGGGUGGAGGACUACGACCACCUGCGCAUCGAGGGUGAUGCAGCGAUCGGCCAUGGCUGCUUCGUGCUCGGACACCUCUUCGAGGGACGAGGCCUGUCCUUCGGCAAGGUGCACCUCGGAGAGGGUUGCAGCGUCCUAUCCGACCGGCAGAUCUGGCCUGGGGCGGUCAUCCCUGCCUUCGCCACCGUGGCUCGACGAGGCCCGCCGAUCCGGGGCGCCUGCGGGGGCGAGCCAGCGAAGAGCUCGGCCCCCGCCCUCCCUGGCCUCUCCCUGGGGCAGCAGGGGGACAAGGAAACGCCCGAUUCGGAGCGUGGGUUCCCAGAGAUCCGACGUCGUGUUUUUUCCUACCCCACUGCACGAUGUCAAGAUCAGACUAUUUCAACAUUCACGUUUGGGGCGCUCCCAGAUUCCGAAGCGGCCUCGUUCAGAAUUUAGCCGCACGAAUGAGAGCAGCCCUAUGGACUUUCCGAGGUUGGGAGACCUUUUAUCAACUGCUGGAGCGAGCCACGGUGAACCAGAGAGCCUACAGAUUCGCGCUCACUGGUCCCUGGUCCCCGCCAUUCUGGGCGGACUGCAGCAUUGUAGAACACCUCAGAGAAGCGAGUCUCGGUUUCCCCUCCUCUCCUUCCUUGGCCCCGAUUGGUUCUCUGGCGCUUUCGGCGGCCCGCCCCGUCCUCCAGGCUCUGUCUGAUCCGUCACCCACCGCUGGACCUCGCCCGAAGCUUCAAAGAACGCUGGCGGCUGCCCUUGAGUCUGGAUUGUUCCCGAAUGAGGUUGCUCACACUUUAAGCUCGCGGCUAAAGACCUGGUUCCCAGCCCUGACUGCAGAGAUAGAUCAACUGAAUUGGGAUCGAGUGCGGGAGGCAUGCCGGCAACUUCCUCCGAAUCAUAGUUCCAGUGUAAUCAAGACCCUCGUCGGAGGGUGGACCACUUCGGCCAAGUUUCAAGAUGCAAAGAUAUGCCGUUUCGGAUGCUCCAGCGGCAGAGACCAUGUCCCACACUAUCUUUGUUGCGACCGUGUGCUCGGUUGGGCUGCUGUCAUUCUCAACUCUCCCAUCCCUGCUGAUCUGCUUGACCGUCUGGGCCUUCGCCAUCCUACCCCCUCUCUUUUCUCGUUUUUGCUUGUCGCUCAUUUGCUGUACACCACCUUGAUAAAGAUCCCAGCACCGAUCCCGCAGCAUGUAAUCCAGGCUGCGGUACCACAGGUCCGAGCUGCACUUCGGCGAGGCGGGUAGAGUGCCAGCGAGGGCUGGCUGAGGUAGUG